AUGGAUUACACCAUGGAGGACACGCAGAACGCCGCGCCUGAUGCUCUGGAGGCCAGCAAGCUCAGCUCCUUGGGGCAGAGAAACGACACCCAGAGCGUGACAAAACGCCUCCAAACCGAGCUGAUGCAGCUCAUGAUGUCGCCCUCCCCCGGGAUCUCGGCCUUCCCCAACGCAGACGGCAACCUCCUUAACUGGACCGCGACAAUUAGCGGACCAGCCGAUACGCCCUACGACGGCCUCAAGUUUAAGCUCUCCUUCGCCUUCCCCAGCAACUACCCCUACUCGCCCCCGACCGUCCUCUUCAAAACGCCCAUCUACCACCCAAAUGUCGACUUCUCCGGCCGCAUCUGCCUCGACAUCCUCAAGGAUAAGUGGAGCGCCGUGUAUAACGUGCAGAGCGUCCUGCUCAGCCUGCAGAGUCUCCUCGGGGAACCAAACAACGCGAGCCCCCUAAACGCCCAGGCCGCCGAGCUCUGGGACGCGGAUAAGGAGGAGUACAAGCGGCACGUGCUCGCGCGGCACCGCGACAUCGAAGACAUUGAGUAA